CGACGCCACGCGCAUCUAUUCUGAGACGCACUCCGUUCACACGUGCGCGCGCCUACACGUGUUGGGAGACGGGAAGGCGGGCGGCCCGGGAGAGCGCUCGGAUCGCGCACGCAGCGCUUUGCGCGCGACCGGAGAGGGAGGCGGAGCAGCGCGCAGGGACUCCGCCGCCGCCGCCUCUGCUUCCCCUCCUUCGAUCGCGGCUUCUCGCAAGCAGAAAGGCUGAUCCGAAUCGGGAGCUGGCUCCGAGGCAAGACGGGGACGGGGAAUUGGGGCCAGGGCUCUCUUCGCGGGGUGGGGGAACCCCAGUCCGGCGCCCGGUGGGUGAGUCCUGGAGGGAUCUCCGGGCUGGGAAAGGGAGACCGGCAGGCAGGGAGACAGAAAAGGAGUAUUUCAUCUCCGCGCGCCCCCCCUCCCCGCUUCAAUAACACACACCAGCUGCCUCUUUAAAUAGUGCAGAAAUCGGGGCUCCCGAACAUAGAGAACUGCCCCCGCCCCCCUACAGUGGGUAGGAGGAGUAGGUCAAGACGGAGUGGGGGUGGACACGUCUUUGGCAUUCACACAUGCCGAGGAGCACCGGGAGGAUAGGAUCCGGCAAGGGUUUUACUCCUAAGAGGGGAGAAUUGAACUCUAGCCCCCAAGGAUGAAAACAAGGUGCCCCCUUUCUAGCUAGGAGCAGGGCACCAGGGAGGCUGGCCGAGAUCAGGCAUAGUAUUGCUAUACUGAUAUAUGGCAUUUACACCCCACCAUACCCUCCAAGGAGUUCACGGCAUCACUUAUAUGGCUCUCCUUUCUCCUCAGUAAAUCCCCACAACAACCCUGUCAGGUAGGUUAGGCUUGGCUCCCAAGGUCACCCAGUGAGCUCCAUGGCUGUGCAGGGACUUGAACCCUGGUCUCGCGGGUUCUAGCCCAACGUCCCAACCACUGUGCCACACUGGUUCUUGCAUUAGCCAACAUCCGCUUAGACUGCUUCUUCCUGGGAUGUGUACUUGCCCUGCCCCGCAGCUGCCAGAGAAGCCUUGCCCCUAGGAAAGGGGUUGCGUGCCUGGGUUGGGACCUCUCCGCUGCCCACCAUGGCUGCCAUGCUGCCCUGGCGCCGGAGCAAGUUUGUCCUGGUAGAGGAGAAUGAGGGCAAAGGCAAGAGCAAGAGUUUGGGUCCCGGCUUGAGCUACGCCUCUUUGCUGUCCAACUUUGUUCGCUCCUGCCCGGACCUGUGGCCCGAGUGCCCCCUGGAGCGGCUGGGCAGCGUCUUCCGCAGCAAGCGCCAGAAAGUGGAGCUGAACAAGGAAGACCCCACCUACACCGCCUGGUACCUGGGCAACGCCGUCACCCUGCAGGCGAAAGGCGAGGGCUGCACCGAAGAGGCGGUGGAGAAGAUCUGGGCCAAGAGCGAGUUCGGGAGCCGCAGCACCAAGAUGAAGUUGACCCUUGGCCCCCAUGGCAUCCGCAUGAGCCCCUGCGAGAAAGGUCUCCGCCGGCCCAGCCAUGCCUACCUGCUGCACCGCAUCACCUACUGCGUGGCCGACGGGCGGCACCCCAAGGUCUUCGCCUGGGUCUACCGGCACCAGGUCAAGAACAAAGCAGUGGUUUUGCGGUGCCACGCUGUCCUGCUCUCCAAGGCGGAGAAGGCCCACGCCAUGGCGCUUUUGCUUUACCAGACGUCCCACUCAGCCUUCAACGAGUUCAAGCGGCUCAAGAGGCAAAACGACUCGCGCCACAUCCAGCAGCAACUCCUGGGAGAAGCCAUCAUCCCCCUGGUGCCCCUACGCAAACUCCUCAACUGCAAGUGCCCCUACAGGCCUCCGGCGGACAGAGGACGCAGCGCCCCUAGGCUGAGCGCCAUCCAGGAGGAGGAGGAGGAGGAAGAGGAGAAAGCGGACAGGGAGGAAGGGGCCUCGGGCGCCCCUUGCGGCUGCGCAGCCAGCUCUGCAAACGGCAGGACCAGCGCCAACCUGAGCAGCUGCGCCAGCGCUGCCGCUGGGGCUGCCACCGGCGCUAUAGGCGCCCGACUGUCCAUUUGCACCACCUUGGCCGUUGGUACGACUGACGGCACAUCCCUCUGCCACAACGCUGACACCACUCGGGGCCGCAAGACGGUCAAAAGCAGGGAGAGGCCCGAGGUGCUGACUUUAGCCCGCGAGCUGAGGGUCUGCACUUUGAGGGGGCCCCUCCACCGGGAGGACUUGCCGUCCUGGGAGCCCCCCAAAGAGUCGUCUUGCCUGCCUUGUUAAGGAUCCUGCGGGCAUGGGCUUAUUUUGCAGACUCUCCUCCCCGGUGAUGGAUUUGAGGGAGUGGGCGUCGGGAACAUGUUGCUUCCUCUGCUGCUUUGUUCCCUUGUCGGGCUGCACUCGGUACAUUCAAGGUUGAUAGACGGCACAUGGCAGAAUGGUUAGUCCUUGCCAGGGGAUGAACAUUGUUGACGUGCCGAUUCUACCUAACUGAUGUCUUAUGGGCCAGUUUUCAUUUUGACCAAACUGACCUAUCUGUUCCAGCCAUUUUUAUUCUUCUACGGACCCUCUGAGGCUUCUCGCUCCCUGAUCAACCUGUGCCAACCUGUUGAACAACCGCCGGACACCCAGCACCCCACCUCUGGGAUCAGGGUGGCUUAAUGGUUCUUAUGCGUAGAAGUGAGGUUGUGCAGGCUACAGUGGCUUUUAAUAUUUGUUCGAAGUGGCAAAGGGGGAAAAUGUCUCAAGCCGGGCAGGGGGAGCAAAAUCUCUCUGUGUAUGUACGCCUCAGCAUAGAUAUUUAUUUAUAUGUAAAGAGUGCUCACCCUUUGGAUUUGUACAUGUUUUUGCAUGCUUCCUUCCUCCCCACCCCUGGUGAGGGGUUUGUGUGACAUCAUACUGGGCAUCUGAUUUUGGGAACCUGUAUUGGGUUAGGAGGCCAAAUGAGGAACACUCUUGGAAGCAAUCAUUUCCCCUCCAACCAACUAAUAUUGGAGCUGUAGGAGUGGAAGUGAGGAUUAAACUUGGGUUUCCAAUUCCAUUGCAUUUCUUUUUCACUAGCCUUCUGGGGCCAAGGUACUCUACUGCCAAAACAUCCAAUUUUGUGUGUCCAGAAAAUGCAGCUUCUCUCCUUUGAGUAAGGGCCUAACCCAAUUAGGUUCCCCACAUUUUUGAAGAGGUAAAUUAAGUAGUGUGUGUGUGUGUGUGUGUGUGUGUGUGUGUGUGAGAGAGAGAGAGAGAGAGAGAGAGAGAGAGAGAGAGAGAGAGAAUAUCUGGCUAGCCUUUACUCAAAGCAGAGAAUCUGCUGAAUUCCUGAAACCCUCUUUAAAAAACAAACUGGGUUUCUAGUCCCCAUUGUUUUGAAUUCACACAGUGGAAAGAUAAACAUAGGCAACUGAUGACCUAUCAUGGGCUAAAUUCAGCACUUGCUGCCUCCCUUGCAGCAGCUUCUCACCUGGUCCCAAUGAUCCUCUUUGCUGCAUAUGUUGAUUCUUUAGUUUGCUGCAUGUCAGAGACUACCCAGAAAAAGAAGAAUCUGGAUUCCACAGGUUUUUAUCGACGUGUGCACAUGUCUGUCAGUGAUACAAAGGAGGGAGGAAAGACAUGAAGGAACUGAA